AGCUUCCUGUGGCAUAUCCUGCGUGAGGAGAAGCGCUUCCGACAGCCUAGGACCACCCGUCACCUAGCCAGCUUUCGCGGGCCUGGCGACCCUCGCCUCAGGCCUUUCCGAGUCGUGCAGUCUUCCAGCCCAACUCCCGUGACGCGGCAGUGAAUAGUCGCGCUUCCGUGCCACGGUCCAGGCCCAGACCUCCUCGUCUCCCAGCCGCCCCGCCCGGCAUCAAUGACUCCAGGCCCUUGCGCCUCCUCACCCUGACUGGGAGCUGCCGAGGACCGGGGCUUUCUUUGAACUUAUUCUUCGUGUUCUUUUCGGUGAAAUUAAGGUUUUAUUUUGUUCUGUUUGGUCCCUUCGUUGACCCAUUUCUUUGUUCAUUUUGUUUUUUCGGAAGCCAGUUACUGAGACUGCAUAGUGUAGUGGUUAGGGGCGCAGACUCUGGAGCCUGUCUUGAUUUUCUCCCUCCGUCAUUUGCGACGUUGGGCAAGACGGUGGGCCUCAGCUUCUGCCUCUGAAAAAUGGGAUAGAUGUGGAGAUUGAAUUAAACAGUAAAGACAAAGCCUGGCACAUGGUCAGGGAUCUUGCAGUGGUGUUUGUCUUCUUCCAUAAUGCCUGGCAUUUGAUAAACGUUUGUUGAACUUGAAGAGACAUAUGGGCAACGAAUCCGGAAAGGGAGAACAUCUUUGGUCCUACAGUGUUGCUGACAUUGACAUUUUCUGAGUGGUCUUGAACAGCCUACUUUCUAUGUAAAUAACUGGCUAGACUUCACUUUUUUUUUUUUUUUUUUUUUUACUAUAGAAGCCUAUAACCUAGAGAUUUAAAAACACUGCUUUUAGGUCACUACUACAUUUAUCUAGAAGGUUCUUCCUUUCUUAUUCCAAAAUGUUGAGAUACUGGGGAGAGAUACCCAUCUCAUCAAGCCAGACCAACAGAAGUUCUUUUGAUUUGCUCCCACGGGAGUUCCGUCUAGUGGAAGUCCAUGACCCACCACUGCACCAGCCCUCAGCCAACAAGCCCAAGCCCCCUACAAUGUUGGACAUCCCCUCAGAGCCAUGCAGCCUCACCAUCCAUACUAUUCAGCUGAUCCAGCACAACCGACGUCUGCGCAAUCUCAUUGCCACAGCUCAGGCCCAGAGUCAGCAACAGACAGAAGGUGUAAAGACCGAAGAGAGUGAACCUCUUCCCUCUUGCCCUGGGUCACCUCCUCUUCCUGAUGACCUCCUGCCUAUAGAUUGUAAGAAUCCCAAUGCGCCAUUCCAGAUCCGGCACAGUGACCCAGAGAGUGACUUUUAUCGCGGGAAAGGGGAACCGGUGACUGAACUCAGCUGGCACUCCUGCCGGCAGCUUCUCUACCAGGCAGUGGCCACAAUCCUGGCCCAUGCAGGCUUCGAGUGUGCUAAUGAAAGUGUCCUGGAGACCCUUACUGAUGUGGCACAUGAAUAUUGCCUUAAAUUCACCAAGUUGCUGCGCUUCGCUGUGGAUCGGGAAGCCCGGCUGGGGCAGACUCCUUUCCCUGACGUUAUGGAGCAAGUAUUCCAUGAAGUGGGCAUUGGCAGUGUGCUCUCCCUCCAGAAGUUCUGGCAGCACCGAAUCAAGGACUAUCACAGUUACAUGCUACAGAUUAGUAAGCAACUAUCUGAGGAGUAUGAAAGGAUUGUCAACCCUGAGAAGGCCACAGAGGACACUAAACCUGUAAAGAUCAAGGAAGAACCUGUGAGCGACAUCACAUUCCCUGUCAGUGAGGAACUGGAGGCUGACCUUGCUUCUGGAGACCAGUCACUGCCCAUGGGAGUCCUCGGGGCUCAGAGUGAGCGCUUCCCAUCUAACCUGGAAGUUGAGGCUUCACCACAGGCUUCAAGCACAGAGGUAAAUGCUUCCCCUCUUUGGAAUCUGGCCCAUGUGAAAAUGGAGCCUCAAGAGAGUGAAGAAGGCAAUGUGUCUGGGCAUGGCGUGCUGGGCAGUGAUGUCUUCGAGGAGCCCAUGUCCGGGAUGAGUGAAGCCGGGAUCCCUCAGAGUCCUGAUGACUCAGACAGCAGCUACGGUUCCCACUCCACUGAUAGCCUCAUGGGGUCCUCCCCUGUUUUCAACCAGCGCUGCAAGAAGAGGAUGAGGAAAAUAUAAAAGGUAAAGGGGAGACUUUCUCUCCAAGCUUCAUGUAUUACAUUUGUUUCCAUAAAAGGUGACGUGACUCUUACUCUGAAACACAGUGAACUUUCCCGAUUUCAUUGGAGCUGACUUUAACCAAUUAGGUUUGCGUUUUACUUUUACAGCUAGUUUUUGUAGUUUUCUACAACCAAGCCACCUUUCACAGACACUUCACAAUACCGGGAUGGUAACCGGGAGACCAAUGCACUGUCCCGGACUGUUGUCUUUGCACAACUGAGAAGAAUCCUGCUGCUUGGCUCUAUAUUGCAGGGAUAUCGUACAGAUUGAGAUUCUUAUCAAACCUCAAAGCUAUGCUUGAAGAGAUUCACAAGUAAAUAUAUGCUGAUGUUAAAUGUCAGUGUUUUCACUGAACUUGCUUCACUUUGGGGCCAAAUCAUUGGGAACCUGGUACUAAAACCUAACAGGAAAUAGCUAAUCCCCCUUUAUCGAUCAGUAGUCUUUCUGAAACACGUUUUGCUGUGCAUGAUGUCUCACAAAACCAGGGGUCUGUGGUGUUUCUUCAGACAGCCCUCAUCUCGUCUGCGUCGUUUCUUUUUUGUUCAACUAAGCUUUACCCCUCAAACUCACGACCCCAGGUUCAAGAGUCACGUGCUUUCCUAAGCCAGCCAGGCGCCCCUCUUCUUCGUUAGACUUCACUCCAUCUACCCUUAUUCUGUCAUUUUCUUAUUUUUCCAUUCAGAUUUUUAAAAAUAUUUUACCAUGUAUGUUUCCUUCAUUUUCUGCAUUGGGAACAAAGCAAACAGGACCUGUCCAAGGACAGACUGGUGCUAGUUACAUUUGUUGCAUCUACUUGGCCGUCAGAGGACAAUAGUCCAUCCCUUUACCAGAAUUCAGCAUCUGCACUGUGCUCCUGCUGGCUAGGCAGCUAAAAGGCUAGCGGUACACAUCUCUCUCCUUUACAUCAUGUCUUCAACCUUACAUUGUUACCCAUCACAGGAUCAGCCCUGCUUGGCAUCUGAUGGUCUCAGUCAUUUGUUUAUUAAGUGAAUGAUUAGCACUGGAAUUGUUAGCGGUAAUUAACAAAUGUGUGCUUUAUGCCUUGAUAGCGGGUACCAGCAUUUAAGUACUGCUCAAGUUUGCUUUCCGGGUGCAGAAUACCAGUCUUUUGAAAUCUGCACACUCUUUUAAAUGACCAAAAUCAAUGCACAGCUUUAAUUAGUAUAUUCCUGAAUGCCUUAAAUGUCUGAGGCACUGAGAACAAAGAUGAAUGCAGGGUAACCUAGGUAGCUUUCAGGCUGUUAAGCAUCUCACUUUGACUCAGGUCAUGAUCUUGCGGUCCUGAGAUCAAGCCCCGAGUCUGUUUUUCUCUGCCCCUCUCCCCACCCAAGCGCGCACAUUCUCUAAUAAAAACUUAAAAAAA